UUGGUGUGAAAGAAAAUCCAGGGCGAAUGAUAGAGAUCAACAGGCUGAAGUUCACGUACCCAAGAAUCGACGGCCAUCCUCUGCUGGGGUCCACUCCUCUGAUUGACGACUUCUAUCUCACCCUUCAUGCUGGUGAUCGUUGCCUUCUUGUUGGAUCUAAUGGAGCUGGAAAAACUAUAAUUCUGAAGAUAUUGGCUGGAAAGCACAUGGUGGAACCCCAUAUGGUUUGCAUACUUGGAAGAUCGGCUUUUCAUGACACCACAUUGACAUCUUCUGGUGAUCUCAGUUAUCUUGGUUGGGUGGAACUAUUAUUUUUGCAGUGGAGACGAGAUGUUGCUUUUGUGGGAUUUGAGGUUCCAAUACAAAUGGAUAUUUCUGCAUAAAAAAUGAUCCAUAGAAUUGCGAGUAUUGAUCUUGCAAGAGGAGCUGAGUUAAUAAAGGUAUGAUGCACUGUAUUCUUUAUGGAAUCUUCAUGAAUGUGAGCUUAAAUUGAUAUUAUCCAUAUGUUGAGUAUUAUUCAAAAGGAAGUAUUGAAGUCUAACUCAUCAAUAGGAUUAAAAUUCAGUUGUCCCAAAUAUUCAAAUUUAUUAAUUAUACAAGCAGCAAGUUACAAAGAAGUGAACUGUAGCCAUCAAGGUGGGACAUGUUUCGGUGUUGGAUUUACGUGUCUGAGGCUCCUUUUGUUAUUGGAUUGUGAGGUUCCUUGUUUAAUUGAAUAAGGUUUAAAAGUCAAUAUUUGU